AUGCUUCAGCUGUUUUGGACUGACACGAAUUGGACAGAAAAGGAAAUUGUUUCACGACCAUUUGUUUUUCUUACGCAGACAGAACAGUGUCUCCCACCAAAGCUGUCUGAUCAUCUGAAACUGUCGACUAACAUAACCUGUCGAUGCGAUGUUAUAGUGUUGAGCUAUAAGAUAAAAUGUCAGAAGGAGAGACCGCCCCAUGUAACGUAUUUAUUUGACAAUACAACUACUUGGGGCUCGGGGCGAAAUAAGCUGUUUUUUGCUGCAAUGAACAGAAGGCCAGGCUAUACGUACUUCAUAUUCACUGACGACGAUGUGUCUCUUAAGUUUAACAGUGCUGCCACCCCGGAUAUGAAACAUUUUUCGCCAAUUCGAAUUUUCCAAGACUGGCUUUUAGAUUAUGAACCAGCAGUUGGUGUUGUUGACUUUGAGGAGCAAAAAGAAGGGCAGAAAGUUCGAAACAAGAUCAAAACCAACUGUAGAAUUACCAACAGCACCUCCGUGGCCAAUCCAACGAUCUUCUUUGACCCUCUGUUUAACGCCUUUCACGCGCGCGCCGCUCGCCACAUUUUCCCACUUGAUACCACACACGAAAGAGUGAGCUGGUGGCUUACCGACAAAUAUGUCUGUUCAGCAGUGGAGCUGAAAUUUCGUGGACAAGCGCUGCUGUUUUUUCCAGUGACCGUUGAAAACCGAUUACAUCGCAGUUAUCCAAGAUCGCUUAGAGGAACUAGAAAGGCUUGGCAAGAGUUUAUUCAAAUCAUCCAACAGGGGGCACCUGCCAAAUAUGUGAACCAAAGUUUAUUUCACGAAUUCGGGAAAGAUCCAUUUGUUUACUUAGAGACGUCCAAGACCUACUGCAGAAACGUGACUCGUCAUCAACCGAUCGUUCCAUUUGCCCAUUUUGAUGAACAAAGUCAAAAAGAGGUGUCUUAG